CAAAUUGCAGUAACGAGUACUCUCUCUUUUAUAAUUUAUAGCUUCUCUCUCUUUCUUUCUAAUUAAUAUCAAUGGAGACUCUAUGCUUUACUCCUACAUCUUCACCACAACAUCUCAAAAGCCACCACACUUCAUCAUCAACCUCAGUCCCAUCCCUCAUCAGACCACUAGUUUUCAAAGACUAUAACAAUCCAAAGAAGAAUAUUAACCUCAGAAACCAACAAUAUUGCAAAGCUAUAUUAACAAACCCAGCUGAAGUGACCUCCUUCAAACCUUCCCCGCUGCCCAGUCCCUUCGAAACGACGCCGCUGCACGAACCCUCACAAGAUAACUCCCAUGAGUUAAGGAAGGUCCUCCCGGAGACAUUGGAGUACGAGAGCGGCUUUCUCGGUUCCGUGCCGAAAAAGUUCGCCGGAGAUGAUGGUAACGGAAUUCCCCAGACCAUGAUGAGCUACUUGACGAGGAUUUUGACGUCUAAGGUUUAUGAUGUGGCCAUUGAAUCACCACUGGACUACGCUUCAAAGCUCUCCAACAAGCUCGGCGUUCAUCUUUGGCUCAAGAGAGAGGAUCUACAACCCGUUUUCUCCUUUAAACUGCGAGGAGCUUAUAAUAUGAUGGCAAAGCUUUCAAGUGAACAACUGGACAGAGGUGUCAUUUGCUCAUCAGCAGGGAAUCAUGCUCAAGGAGUUGCACUAUCUGCACGAAAACUAGGGUGCACUGCCGUCAUUGUCAUGCCUAUUACAACUCCGGAAAUCAAAUGGAAAACAGUGGAGAGUUUAGGUGCAACAGUUGUGCUUGUGGGAGAGUCCUAUGAUGAAGCUCAAUCUUACGCACUACAAAGGGCCAAAGAUGAAGGCCUCAUAUUUGUACAUCCUUUUGAUCACCCAGAUGUGAUAGCAGGUCAGGGAACUGUAGGAAUGGAGAUACUACGCCAAAUUCAAGGCCCAUUGCACGCAAUCUUUGUGCCUGUUGGUGGUGGUGGACUAAUUGCCGGCAUUGCUUCCUAUGUCAAGAGUAUUCGGCCAGAGGUUAAGAUCAUUGGUGUAGAGUUAUCCGAUGCAAAUGCAAUGGCACUGUCAUUACAUCACGGUGAGAGAGUUGUGCUUGAGCGAGUUGGAGGAUUUGCAGAUGGCAUGGCAGUCAAAAAAGUUGGGGAAGAAACUUUUCGAUUGUGCCGGGAACUAAUGGAUGGAGUUGUUCUUGUUAAUCGUGAUGCCAUUUGUGCAUCCAUAAAAGACAUGUUUGAGCAAAAACGGAGCAUACUUGAACCGGCAGGGGCAGCAGCCAUUGCUGGAGCUGAAGCAUAUUGCAAAUAUUAUGGACUGAAGGGUGAAAAUGUUGUGGCAAUAACCAGUGGAGCAAAUAUGAAUUUUGAUAGACUGAGGUUGGUAUCGCAACUAGCUGAUGUUGGUCGGAGACGUGAAGGUUUCCUUGCAACAUUUGUUCCAGAAAAGUGUGGAAGCUUCAAACUUGUUUGUGAAUUGGUGGGUCCAAUGAAUAUCAUCGAGAUUAGCUACAGAUUUGAUGAUAAAAAACAAGAAGGUCUUAUCCUGUACAGUGUUUCCUUUCACACAAUUUCAGAGUUGGAAGGGAUGUUGGACCGUAUGAAGUUGGCUCAGCUUCAAACAAUUAACCUCACAGAUAAAGAACUAAUCAAAGAUCACAUGGAAUUUUUGGUGGGAGGUCGAUCAAAUGUCGAAAACGAGAUUCUUUGCCGCCUUUUCUUUCCAGAGAGACCAGGCGCUCUGAUGAAGUUCUUAAAUGCUUUCAGUCCCCUUUGGAACAUUACCUUGUUCCAUUACAGUGGACAGGGUGAAACUGGUGCAAAUGCUUUGGUGGGUUUCCAAGUCGCAAGCUCUGAGAUUGACAAGUUCAAGGGUUUGGCCGAUACUUUAGGAUAUGAUUAUGCAUUUGAGACGACCAAUGAAACCUUGCAACUGCUAUUGCAUUAGUUAGAUGCUAGAUACUGUUAUUAGGCAAUUUAUUGCCCAGCUAACGGAACCAAUAAGCAAAACGGACAUUGUCACUAUAUUAAACUUGCAUAGGAGCUCCAUAUGGGGAUCGUACAUUCUGCAUAUAUAUUCCAGAGAAAGUAUUGAGAUUUGUAAUGCAAAUCUUGUUUAAUGUAUAUAAUUUGGAUGUAAGUCAAUGUAACACAAACUUACUCUUCUGGCUGUAUCUUUUCCUGUUAGAAUCAUCGAUCUAUCAUCGAUCGUUUCUCAGCACAUCAGCUAUUGUUUCAUUGACUUCUUUUCGGAGGUCUUCAGCCAA